GUUUUGUAUGUCUGAAUUAAAUUUGUUUUGUUCAAUAUAAGAAACUACUUGAAGAUAUCACAUUAUACUGUAGACCCCGCAUCUAGGCACGCUUGUGAAAUUCAUUUCUCUUCUUGCAUCGUUGGCCAUUUGUCAGGGUUGAGGGGUAGUUUCGCACAGUCUUCUGGUAUUGUCAAGUCAACCGUACAGUCUGCUGUUUGCUUACCCGUGGCUUUUCAUUCCUUCAUAUAUUGUUGUAGGAAGCCAGUAUUGCUCAACAGAAAGUGUUGUUGCGAACGGAAAUGAAUUGCGGAGUUGUAGUUCGCUUUGUAAUUUGUGUCUGUUUGGUGGGCUUUAGUGCUGCUGCAAACUGUCAUCCUGAAAAGUGUGGCUCAAUGAGUAUGAGUUACCCUUUCUAUAUUAACAAUUCUGAUUGUGGAUACCCUGGUUUUCACAUCAAGUGCAUGAAGAGCAACUCUACUGGGGAGCUCACUCCAUACUUUACUGGUUAUCUAGGUAAUUUUACUCAGAACCGUCUUCCAGCUCACCGUUACGAGAUUAUGGAGAUCGAUUACGAGGGUCAUCUCGUCAUAAAUUCUACUUCUAUCAAAACUUAUUCCUGUGAGGCAAACCGUAGUGCUACAAGCUUCUUUCAGCCACCUAAUGGUGGACCUUUCACUAUUUCCAUGCUCAAUAAGUUCGUGGUGAUUGGCUGCAACUCAUUCGGUACAUAUACAUAUAACUCUGAUUCAUAUGAUGGGGGAGAGGCCAGAUGUGUAUCAACAUGUGGCUCUCAAACUGAUCCACCAUACUGCCGCUAUGGCUGUUGUGAAAUUACCCUUCCGUAUAAUUGGGCGUGGUUAAAUUUCACAGGCGGAGGUGUGUUUGAUUUGUUCAACUCUACUACCAACAAAUUUGAUGCGAAGUGUGGCUUCUCCACCAUAUUCGACCCUUCCACCUUCACAAUAGGGGAUAAUAAAACAAACCUCUUUUGGGGUGGAGGUAGGAAGGCUUAUUACGGUCUCCGCCUUAACUGGGGUAUCGGCCUUCAAAAUUGUUCCACGGCUCAAUCAACUGCAAAUUAUUCUUGCUCCUCCAACGCAGAAUGCAUUGACUCUCCUUCCGGAAUGGGGCACGUAUGCAAAUGCCAUCCUGGGUAUGAAGGAAAUGGUUACACUAAUGGCACGGAUUGCAUAGAUAUAAACGAAUGUAGUCUUAAACGGUCGAAUAUGUGCGUUCGACCUGAAGGAGGAGGAAUAUGCGGCAAUUUCCCAGGUUCAUACAAUUGUUCGUGUGCAGAGGGAUAUAAGGGAGAUGGCUUUCAGAACCGGACCGGAUGUGUAUCGACAAGUUCAAAUCGCUUUGUCUUUCCUGCAAUCGCAGGAUCCGUCUCUUCGUUCGUGGUUGUCUCUCUAGCAGCGUCUCUUUUGGUUUGGUGGCUAAAGAAGCGCCACUUGAAACUUGUGGAGGCCAGGUAUUUUCAACAACUGCAACAAUACAUAGCUUCUAGAGUGGGGAGAGAAAGUCUCAGAAUGUUUUCUGCCAAAGAAUUGGCAAGAGCUUCCGAUAAUUAUUCAAAUGAAAUGGUGUUAGGAAGUGGUGGCUUCGGAACUGUAUUCAAAGGCAUUCUAUUGGAUGGUACUCUUGUGGCCAUAAAAAAGUCCAAGCAAGCUUUCAAUCUAGAGGAUGGCCAUGACCUUCUUAAUGAAGUUACAAUUCUCUCUCAAAUCAAUCAUAGAAAUAUAGUGAAAUUGUUAGGUUGUUGCAUCCAAACUAAAUUCCCAUUGUUGGUAUCUGAAUUCAUUCCGAAUGGAACACUCUUUGAACAUUUACACUCCAAAGAAGGGUUUUUACCUUGGGCAACACGUCUGCAGAUUGCAAUUGAGACGGCGGAGGCUUUGGCAUAUCUACAUUCUGGAGCAUCUCAACCCAUUUUUCACCGGGAUGUAAAAUCGUCUAAUAUUCUUUUGAAUGAGACAUUUUCUCCUAAAGUUGCAGACUUCGGGAUUUCUCGUCUCAUCUCUGAUUCCAAUGACACACAUCUGACAACCAAUAUAAUGGGCACAAGGGGUUACUUAGAUCCCGAGUACUUCCAAACGUAUCAACUCACCGACAAAAGUGAUGUAUACAGUUUUGGUGUUGUCCUGGUUGAGCUUAUAACAGGUCUGCAGCCACUGAGUGCAGAAAGAAUCAGCGAGGAGUGGAGCUUAUCUAAUCUUUUUCUUAACAAAAUCAACCACAACUGCCUCAGUGCAAUCUUAGAUAGCAAAGUAUUGGGGGAAGAAAACCUGCAACAGAUGGAAGAUAUUGGAAGGUUAGCAAGAGAAUGUCUUUAUUUGGAAAGGAGGAAAAGACCGUCGAUGAAAGAGGUCGUGGACGAACUUUUGUGGGUAAGAGGCAGUGCAAGAAAGAAAAAUUUCCAUGACAGUGUAAUGUGUGACCAUGCAAUAUUUGAGGAGACCAGCAUUUCCAGAGAAGCAUCAGAAACGUCAAACAAAUUCAGGAGUUACACUUUUCCAUCUUCAGUUGAGGCUACGUCUGAGGAACCAUCCACUGCACUAAUUGAGAUGUCGACCAAGUCUCAAGGGGUGAGUUCAAAGGAAAGCAUUUCUAGUCUAUUUUAAUACACUGCAGUCUGCUCAUUAAGACUAAAUAUUAUAGGGCUUGUAAUAGUUUAAAUGUUCUGGUGCACAUCUUUGAUGGUGCAUUAUAACCGUUCAAUUAGCAGGCAUACUAUACUCUAAGAUGUACGAUUAAAUAUUAUAGGAAUUCUACUUGAUUAUGUGAAAAACAAUGACU